AAAAAACGCUUUAUACAACAAAGUACCGGUGCAUAUACAGGAGUACCACUUUUAAUCAACGGAGCGGGUAGUUUAAAUAAUUAAAUUUUGGUUGUUACUAUCGCAACCAUACUCAUUUCGGAAGUGUCAUGUCAACAACCACUUCCUGCUAGUUGCAAUUACACUCUGCCUACCUACUCCACGGACCUCAUGGCAGGAACCUCCAAUUCAAUCAUCCUCACGGUGCAUUCCGCCACCGUCUCUUCCUUCCCUCGUCGAAAUCAUCUACUUGUCCCUCCCCGCCCUCAUUUUCACUUCGCUGUUAAACCCCUCACUCUUCGCUCCAAUGUUUACCUCCCUCCUCCCUUCAGAAUCUAUGCUCAAUCCCAUCAGACAGAUGGUAGUGGUAGUACUAGUGGAAGCAAAGAGACAAAGGGUUCGAGUUGGGUGGAACCCAUUUCUAGAUUUGCUAGGAGCAAUGUUUUACCUUUAGCUCUGAUUUCUGCGGUGACAUUAGGAUUAACAUAUCCUAGUCUUGGUUGUGCUCUUGAUAAAUAUCAUGUGUCGAAAAUUGGGCCGUUUGGAAUUUUUGUUAUCUCAGGUUUGAUGUUGCGAAGUGAAGAAAUUGGUACAGCUGUAGAAGCAUGGCCUGUUGGACUCUUUGGGCUAAUAUCUAUUUUAUUUCUUUCACCAUACUUUUCCAGGAUAAUACUGCAAAUUCAGCUCCAACCCCAAGAAUUUAUUACAGGACUAGCCAUAUUUUGCUGUAUGCCAACUACAUUAUCAAGUGGCGUUGCACUUUCCCAGCUUGCUGGGGCAAAUUCUGCAUUGGCUCUUGCAAUGACAGUAAUAUCUAACAUGUUAGGAAUAUUAAUUGUUCCAUUUUCCAUCACAAAAUUUGUAGCUAGUGGAGUUGGAGUGACUUUACCAACCAAGCAGUUAUUUAAAAGUCUUGUUCUAACCAUAUUAAUUCCCCUUAUUUUGGGAAAGGUUCUACGUGAAUCUUUUAAAGGUGUGGCUGACUUUGUUGACCAAAACCGGAAGCUUUUCUCAGGGAUUAGUGCAUUUUUCCUUAGCCUGGUGCCUUGGACACAAGUGAGCAAGUCAAGGUCACUGCUUUUAAUGGUGAAGCCCAAAGUUUUUCUUGUAGCUAUUGGACUGGGAGUACUUCUCCAUCUGGCCUUAUUGGUAUUCAAUAGCAUUUCCAUCCUAAGUCUUUCAAUUAUCUCUGGUGGUGGAAAAUCAACUUUUUCCCGUCAAGAAAAUGCCAACGCACUCAUUCUAGUUGCAAGCCAGAAAACAUUACCAGUAAUGGUAGCAGUUAUAGAGCCACUUCAUGGUGCAUUUGGAGAAUCCGGGUUAUUGGUUCUUCCUUGUAUUGCAGCACAUCUAACCCAGAUUAUUGUGGACUCUUUUCUCGUUAACUUCAUGCGUCGCAGAGACAAUCUCAAUAAUGUCAAAGUGGCUUAAGGAGAGAAAAUUUAGUCAUAUGAAUAUAUGGUCGAGAUAUACGAUGUAUAUGGUGUUUCGUUUUCCAUUAUAUGAGUUACCAAAAUUAACAUGCUCUUUUAUAAGAUGGAAAUGGUAGAAAUUUUCAAUUUAUAUUCAUGUAUGAAGGAUUUGUUUUUAAUUUACUAUACAUAUACCAGUGCAUCAAGUAAGCAGUUCCCUUGUCGGAGCAAGGUUGAUAAUGUUAGAUUUGACAACACAUUUGGACUUUCAGAUGUUCUGUAACAUGUAGUGGAUGCUACGUUUGUUUGUAUUCUGAGGGGAAUUUUUUUAUAAAUACGAGUUCGAAACUCAGAUUUGUGGUUGGAUUA